CGUUGGAGACGUUUCCCUCCGUCUCUUAUCUAUUUCCCCUUGUUCUGUCUUCAUGGCUACCAAACUAUCACUUUGCUCAGUUCAUGAUUUUACCAUCUCAUUCAACAAAUUCUCAACAACCCAUCGAAGAAUCUCUCAUCGUUCUCUUUUCCCUCCAUUAAAAGCUAGUAGUUAUUGUUUCUCGAACAACAUUUCAAUUAGUACUAGUGAAGGAGAAGCCUCACUACUUGUAAGUCAUGCAGUUAAAGAGGACCAAGGGAUUCAAACUUCUAAGGAAAAUCAGAGUUCUGAUUCAAAUGCAUCAUCUUCUAAGCUUGUCUUAGUUAUUGGUGGCACUGGUGGUGUUGGGCAGUUAAUUGUAGCAUCCUUGCUAAGCAGGAACAUAAAAGCACGCGUAUUAAUUCGAGAUCCUGAAAAGGCAAAAUCGUUGUUUGGCGAGCAGGAUGAAAACAGUUUACAGGUAUGGAAAGGGGACACAAGGAACCCGAAAGAUCUUGAUCCAGCUGUUUUUGAGGGAGUCACACAUGUAAUUUCCACCACUGGAACAACAGCUUUCCCUUCUAAGCGAUGGGAUGGAGAUAAUACGCCCGAAAGAAUAGACUGGGAGGGUGUUCGGAACCUUGUGAGUGCAAUUCCUCCAACUAUUAAAAGAUUCGUUCUUGUCUCAUCAGUGGGAGUGACAAAGUUCAAUGAAUUGCCAUGGAGUAUCAUGAAUCUCUUUGGGGUUCUCAAGUAUAAGAAGAUGGGAGAGGAUUUUGUUCGCAAUUCCGGUCUUCCAUACACCAUCCUAAGACCCGGAAGAUUGACUGAUGGACCAUACACCUCAUAUGAUCUGAAUACGUUGCUCAAAGCGACUGCUGGACAACGCCGAGCAGUUCUCAUAGGUCAAGGAGAUAAGCUUGUGGGGGAGGUCAGCAGGCUUGUUGUUGCCGAGGCUUGCAUACAGGCCUUAGAUAUCGAACUUACUGAAGGACAAAUUUAUGAAAUCAACUCAGUUGAGGGAGACGGGCCAGAAAGUGAUACAGAGAAAUGGACAGAGCUUUUUAAAGCUGCACAAACUCAAUAACAUGGUUUGUUGCAGGUAUAUUCUCGUGUUGAUCUGUAAAGUUAUGUUCUCAGCUUGGGAAAUGCAAAUAAGAAGAAAACAAACUCAAUAUCCAUUUGGCUUGUAAAUGAAAUACAAACAUAGUACCAAGUUAUAAAAGCUCAAAUAUGCAGGUUAACUUGGUACUUAUCAUGUAUGUAUAUAUAUGCAAACUGACUCUUAUAUGUUUGUAAAAUUAUUUACCCCUCUUGUAUCUUCAAACAUUAGUGUUCAAGGCAUCCAUUUUAUUUUUUUCUUA